AACUAACUUCAAUUUAAAUUGUGUAUCUACUAUAAUAAUUUUUGUGGGACAUAGAGAAUAUCAAUCUUCAUACACUUACAAUCUAUAAAUACCUUCAAAACUUUGCAUGCAUUCAUUCAUCAAAUACAUCCCUUGGCAUCUUGUGUCCUCUCCUCUUAAUCUCUCUUUCUAUAUAAUUGGUUGCAAAAAUAUUCUAAUCAACCAACCAAACUCAUUGUUUGGAAAAGUUGUUUUGAAAAAAUGAAAAUUAAGGGUCCUAUUGUGUUUCUUUCUCAUCUUGUUGCCACUUUUUUUGUGGUUGCAUCCGCUGGUAAUUUUUACCAAGACUUUGAAAUAACAUGGGGUGAUAGUCGUGCCAAAAUUCUUGAAAAUGGACAAAGUCUUAGCCUCACUUUAGAUAAAGCUUCUGGCUCUGGCUUUCGUUCUAAAAAUGAAUAUUUGUUUGGAAAAAUUGAUAUGCAACUUAAGCUUGUGGCCGGUAACUCUGCCGGCACUGUCACCGCCUAUUAUCUAUCUUCACUAGGGUCUACUCAUGAUGAAAUAGACUUUGAAUUUCUUGGUAACUUGAGUGGUGAUCCAUAUAUUCUUCAUACAAAUGUAUUCACACAAGGGAAAGGAAAUAGAGAGCAACAAUUCUAUUUGUGGUUUGAUCCCACCAAGGACUUCCACACAUAUUCCCUUCUUUGGAAUCCUCAAAGCAUCAUAUUCUCUGUGGAUGGAACACCUAUAAGGGAAUUCAAAAAUUUAGAAUCAAAAGGGGUUGAUUAUCCAAAGAACCAAGCCAUGAGGAUAUAUUCUAGCCUAUGGAAUGCUGAAAAUUGGGCCACAAGAGGUGGGCUUGUGAAAACAGAUUGGGCCCAAGCCCCAUUCACUGCAACAUAUAGAAACUUCAAUGCACAAGCUUGUGUUUGGACUUCUUCAGGCUCUUCUUGUUCUUCCAACAAAUCUCCAUCUUCAUCAUCAUCCCAAUCAUGGUUAAGAGAGUCACUUGACUCAAAUGGAAUAGCAAAAAUUCAUUGGGCGCAAAAGAAUUACAUGAUUUAUAAUUAUUGCACCGAUACUAAGCGAUUCCCACAAGGUCCCCCUGUUGAAUGCAUCGCCUAAAAACCAUUACGAAUUCCAUUAUAAAUGUUCAUAUUUAGAUCCUUUAUGGCGGUUGCAUAAUGCAAUGGUUUUUAGAAUCAUUAUAUUUCAAGAGAGAAACAUUUUCUCUUUAGAUAUAAUGGUUCUAGAAGCUGCAUCAUGUAAUGGCCGUAGAAGAACCCUACGCAUAAAAGCUCAUAUAUUGAAUGUGUGACAUAUACGUGAUUUUUUUUUUCUUGUGUAAAUUUAUAAUUUAAACGAUUGUUUAUAUAUUGUGCAUUAUUAUAUUGUUUGUGUGUAUAAAAGGCAUGCAUGAGCAUGAGAUCAAUAGAAAUAAAGUGGUGAAAUUGUAUAUUA